CUAAUAUGCUUAGAUGUUAUAUCUACAGGAAAUGUAUCACAAAAGAACACACAAGAAUAGCUUCCUCCGCCCAUUCCAAGCCUAAAAUCCCCUGUUUAUUCUCUCCCUCCUCAAAACCCUGAAACGGGACAAAAAAAAACACCACCACGCCUCCUUUUCUUCUCGUCCCUUCCUUCUUGUUGGCUCGAAGCUUUGAAUUUUUCAGACUGAUGAUGGUUGUAGCUGCUCAAAGGUUGCUAGCUUUCAUCAUAUGUAUAUGGCUAUUCACAAUUCAGCCUCGCCAUGUAGCUCAUGGCAGAGAAAUCAUCUUCAUGGGGAGUGGGAAACAAGUACAACUCCAACAGUACCAUGCCCGUGUUCUUGGAGAUGUAGUUACACACCAAGGGAUGAAUACCAAGAAGAAGGGAUCGGAAGGGUUCGAGAAGGGUUACGACGCGAAUCGAUCGAGCAAACGGAGGGUUCGAAGAGGGUCUGAUCCGAUACAUAACAAGACAUGAGAUCUGCAAACCCUUCAACUGAGGGAAGAGGGGGAAGGAAAGUAAGUUCAGUGAUUGAAGAAAGGAAUAGCUUCUUGAUCUUCUUUGUUCUUUUGUUUUUUUCUAGGUAGAAAAAUGUCUGGGAAGAUGUAAAAUAGGCAGUGAAGGAGAAAUCCUAAAGAGGGAAAGCUUCCAAAUUUGAAUUUACAAGGUUGAUGGGUUUUCUGGGUUUUCUUUGUUCUUCCUUUUUUGGCCUGUGUUGUUCUGUUCUUUCUUUUCCUCCCCUGCCUUAUUUUGUUUCUUUUGUUUUGUGGAGAUGUGAUAGAAAUGUGUAUAGUAAAAGCUGUUAUGAGGA